AUGAUCUUAUCAUCGAAUAAUCAUUUUCAAGCUGAAAAUAUCUAUCAUUUCCUGCUACAGCAACCAUGGGCAAUGGUAGUGCUAAUAUCAAGUGCAGUUUACAUCGUAGUACUACCAAUCUGUGGCAUUUUGUUCUUUUGUGAUUCAUGCAGUUGUGCUACUGCUGAUUCAUUAUCAUCGUCUGAAGCUUUAGAAAUUACCGAAGAGAGUAAAACAUCGAAAUAUCUAUUUGCAUUAAGUCUAACAAUGAUGACAAUAGUAAUCGCUGUAAUUCUAAUGCUAAUGAUUGUUUAUAUCGAGAGUGUUAGUUAUGCUAUAAUUGGAUCGAAUGAAAUCGAUCGAUCAAUGGAUGCUAUUUAUGCAGAUAUCAAUCUUCUCACUAAUACUACAUUCACUGAUCUAACUUGCAAGCUGAAUGAAACAUUCAAAAAAUUGUCUGCUCGAAUUAAUAUUUCCAUUCAUCGAUUACCAAACAAAAUAUUUGCAUCACUUAAACAGCACUGUCCGAUCAUAUCACUGCCACAGGUGAUUGAAAGAUUUCAAAUCAAAAAUGUCACCAAUUUCAUAGGUAAUAUCACACUAGCAAUCAAAUCAACGAAAUCAUUGGCAAAUAAUUUACCGAAAACUCUAUAUCAGCAAUCAUCUAUGCAAAAUAUGAUCGAUACAUUAGAAAUGAUUGAAAAUCAUUUGAUAACUUUAUUACAGCAGUACAAUGAUAUAUACAAAGCAGCAAAUAAUACACGGAAUAAUGUUGAAUUUUAUUCGGACGAUAUCAUCAAAAUGAUUAGCUUAACAUUAAAGCCAUCAAACAGUUUUAUUAAUGUCACAUUGAGAAAAAACAAUUUGAUUAUUAUGAAGAUGGGACAAAUAAUUUCUAAUUUACAUUUCAUCAUUCAAGAAGGAUAUCAGAAAAUCAAUAAUUUAAUAAAAACACCUCUAAAGAAUCCAGCAUUUAAAGCAGCAAUUUUUUCAAUUUCUAUUUUUGCAAUUGUUCCAGUACUACUUGUUAUUAUACCAUCAAUUAUAGUAAUAACUUGUGGUAUAUAUAUGCUGAUAAGAAAUGAUAGGUAUCGUUUUGCUCAACAGGCAAACUGGAGAUGUGCCGGUUUAUGGUCUUUGCAAACCGCUGGAGCAGCAUUUUUUACCGGAUGGAUUACGAUGUUAAUUGCAAGCAUAACAUUCAUGGGUGGCUUUAGUGUGGAAACUAUUUGUCAACCAUUUUUUCACGACAAACAAAUGCAUUUGUAUCGUUCAUGGUAUUUUAAUCGUGCUGUCACAAAUUUGAUUAAUUUCUCUAAAUUAACCGCUGGUAUUGGCGAAUUUCUUUAUCAGUGCAAAAAUCACAAGUCGAUAUUAUCAGCAUUGAAAAUGGAAUCUUUCUUGCAAUAUUAUGAACAAAUGCAUAUGAAAUAUUUACCGAAUGCUGCAGAGCAUACUAAAAAGCUAAUUGAAAGAAAGUUCAUUAGGUCAAGUUUAUAUGAGAGCCAAAUCCGUGAAUUUAAUAAUACUUCCAAAGAAUUGGUUAAAUUGAAAGAGAAUUUAUUCAACUAUGUCGUUCCUUUAAGUAUCGCUGAACAAGAGCAAUUAUUAAACGUUUCAUUUGCAAAUGUUAAGGGUCAAAUGAUUGAGUUGCUUAAAAUAAUGACAGAAAUGGAAAAAAAUGUGAUUGAAGUCGUUAAGCGUUCUUUGAAUUCUGAAAAUUUCACACUCAUUGCACAACAAACAAUUUCAUAUGAAUAUAAUUUAACAAUUAACGAUAUUUCUCGUCGCGUGUUGUACGCAAAGUUUCAUUUGCUAAAUGGUUCAUUCAUAUGUCGACCAUUUUAUGAUACCUUAGUUAAUGUGGGUACUAUAUUUUGUAAACAGUUCAGUAGACCAAUCCAUGGAAUUUGGUCAUCUGCUGCUAUCAUAGCAAUAUGCUUUCUAGCUAUUAUUAUAAUUGUUUUAUGUAUAUCAACCUUUUUCUUUUCUUUAAAUAACAAUUUCGAACGAAGGUCACAAAAUAGAUAUGAUCUAAACAUAAGGAGAGGUAACGAAAGAAACUUCCGCAACCUUCAAAGAGAGAAUAACUUUAGUGAUACGGAAACAAGUUCAACGAUAACAUAUUAA